ACACUGAUAGCUGGUAGAAAAAGAGCAGACACCAUACUACAUGUUUGAAUUUUGAUGCGAGGCGCCGCGUGAACGCAAGGUUGCUGCGUACAGUAAUUAUGCAACCAAGUAAAAAGGCCGCUGGUAGUUGUUGCCGUUGGGUGGUUGAGGCCUUUCUUUCCUCACACUCAUGGCAUGGGUCAAGCUGUGCAAAAUCAAAUGUUUAUUUUGCCUACCGACAGCUACGACUCCGGGCGGUCUUAACCCUGCAAUGUAGCCAUUGGUUCCCAGGAAUUGUCUUCCGAGGAGAGACAUUUUGUGUACUUAUGAUAUCCGAAUCUGCCGCACGGUUUCAGGUGACACAAAGGCUGCGGACCAAGGAGACCAAAAGAGCCGCGGUGUGUCAGCUCAAUCCGCACCAAACAAACUACCAACUCAUCCAAGAACAGCUUCUUCAGCAACUAACCUCUGAUUGCUUGCUACUAGUAUAUAAGCACACGAAACUCUGAGAGCUGGCAUCACCAUCAAACUCGAAAUCCAUCAGCUUCCUUCCUGGCUAUCCAAUGGCUUCUGCCUUGAGCUCAGCACAAGCAAUGGCCGUCCUCACUGUCGCAAGCUUCUUCGCACUCCUGUGCAUCUCUCAACAAGCGCGAGCUGCGAACUACACGUUCAUGAAGGACGCGGUGUACGCGCCACGGAUGGCCGACUACGACUACAUCAUCAUCGGCGGCGGCACGGCGGGUUGCCCGCUGGCGGCGACCCUGUCGGACCGCGCGCGCGUGCUGCUGCUGGAGCGCGGGGGAUCCCCCUACGAGGACGCGCGCGUGCUGAGCAUGGCGCACUUCUCGGACGUGCUGGCGGACACGUCGGCGUCGUCGCCGUCGCAGCGGUUCGUGUCGGAGGACGGCGUGAUCAACUCCCGCCCGCGCGUGCUGGGCGGCGGCAGCUGCAUCAACGCCGGGUUCUUCACGCGCGCCGGGGCAGGCUACGUCAGGGCCGCCGGGUGGGAUCCCAGGGAGGUGCGCGCGGCGUACCGGUGGGUGGAGGACGUGGUCGCGUUCCGACCGGCGCUCGGCCCGUGGCAGACCGCCGUAAGGAGGGGACUCCUGGAGACCGGCGUGCUGCCGGACAACGGGUUCACGUAUGACCACAUCCCGGGGACGAAAGUCGGCGGGUCCAUCUUCGACGCCGACGGCACGCGGCACACGGCGGCGGACCUGCUCCAGUACGCCAACCAGGACGGCAUCGACCUGUAUCUCCGGGCGAGAGUGUCCAGGAUCUUGUUCCGUUACAAAGGAACGAAGCCGGUGGCGGAAGGCGUGGUGUACCAUGACUCGCGCGGCAACGCGCACACGGCGUACCUGAGCCCGGGCGCCGCCAGCGAGGUGAUCCUGUCGGCGGGGGCGCUGGGCAGCCCGCAGCAGCUGAUGCUGAGUGGCAUCGGCCCGGCGGACCACCUCCGCUCGCUGGGCAUCGACGUCGUCCUCGACCUGCCGGGCGUCGGGCAGGGCAUGUCCGACAACCCCAUGAACGCCAUCUACGUGCCGUCGCCGUCGCCGGUGGAGGUGUCGCUAAUCCAGGUGGUGGGCAUCACCCAGUUCGGCAGCUACAUCGAGGGCGCCAGCGGGGCCAACUGGAACAGCCACCCGUCGGGCACGCAGACGCAGCCUCCUCGGAACCUCGGCAUGUUCUCUCCGCAGACGGGGCAGCUGGCGACGGUGCCGCCGAAGCAGCGGACGCCGGAGGCCAUCGCGCGCGCCGUGGAGGCCAUGAGCCAGGUCCCCGACGCGGCGCUCCGUGGCGGGUUCAUCCUGGAGAAAGUGCUGGGACCGCAGUCCACGGGCCACCUGGUGCUCCGCAACCUGAACCCGGACGACAACCCGUCGGUGCGGUUCAACUACUUCGCGCACCCGGACGACCUCCGCCGCUGCGUGGCCGGCAUCUCCGCCAUCGAGCGCGUGAUCCGCUCCAGGGCCUUCUCGCGCUUCACCUACCCCAACUUCGCGUUCCCGGCCGCGCUCAACGUCACGGCCGAGUUCCCCGUCAACACGCUGUACCGGCGCGGCGGCGGCGACCCCAGGGCGCUGGAGCAGUUCUGCAGGGACACCGUCAUGACCAUCUGGCACUACCACGGCGGCUGCCAGGUCGGCCGCGUCGUCGACCGCAACUACAAGGUGCUCGGCGUCGAGGCACUCCGCGUCAUCGACGGCUCCACUUUCAACGCCUCGCCGGGGACCAACCCGCAGGCCACCGUCAUGAUGCUCGGCAGGUACAUGGGCGUGAAGCUCCUGAAAGAGAGGAUGCUGCUGGAACCAUGAGGCAGGAAAAAAAAAGUCCAGUCUGAUAUCUCUGAAAGCGCGCGUGUGCUGCCUGCGUUUAACCUUCAGUGUUCUUUUAGUGACGAACGAACAAGCUAUUGGAGAUGCUAAUUGUAAUGGAUGAAUUCCACACCAAUUAAUUUGCACAGAAUGUGGAUGGUAUUUAUCCCGUCCAUUUCAUGUCUAAAAACUCUAUUGCGUCGAGUCCUAGAUUUCUGGCCCGUUGUCUUCAGACACGCAUUUUUCUUCCAAACACGUCUUCAUGGACGGUGGCCGCUUGUCAGUGGAACAAGAUGACAGCCUUUGUUCUUAA